AUGAUCAGUUCGGAGGCCUCUUUGGGCGCCUCCGCUCCUCCAUAUUUUAGUCAACCUCAGUCUGAACCGGAAUAUAUGAACACCGUCGCAUUCGCUCCAUCAUCAUACUCGUAUCAGCCGAGUCCCACAGUACCACCACCAGCGAUGCCGUUACAGUUUGAUGAUCGCCGGUUGGUUGCACCCACAUCAAUCAACCAAAGCCUUCCGAUGCAAUCGUCCAUGAUGCAAAGCUUUGCCCUACCCGCCUCCACGCCGUCCAUUCCACCACCACCGCCGUUCGCAUUUCCUUCGUCCGGUGUUGGUGGGAGCAAUAGUGGAGGUGGAAACGCUCCGAGCAGUAGCAGCAGUAGUGGACAGCCGUUUGGUGCAUCUGCAGUCGACUCAUGUCAACAAAUUUCACAUGUGUUGCAGUGCUACCAACAGGUAAUCGAUAAUCGAUCGAUUUCACCACCGUACUUACAACGUUUUUUGAAGGGUGGAGAAGAUGCGGAGUUCGUGCGGAAAGCUAUCGAGAGCCUUGUCAAAAAGCUGAAGGAGAAACGUGUCGAGUUGGAUGCUUUAAUAACAGCGAUCACCUCCGCCGGGAAGCAACCCACAACUUGUGUUACCAUACAACGUUCGCUUGAUGGUCGUCUACAAGUGGCUGGCCGAAAAGGUGUG